AUGACUUACAAGAGCAAUUACGAGCCUUACACCAGCCAGAGCCUGGACAUUGACCGACAACGCUCGACAGAAGAGAUUCUCUACCCCCUGGGAUCUCUCUACCCUCAUGUGGUCGCUCUGCAAUUGCAAUCCGAUGAAAACCCAUGGACCAAGGCUCGCCAUCUCGCAGACUAUCCGGAUACCUGCUACUGGACGGAUAUGUCUUAUCCAUCCACCCCGGAGCAUUUUUCGUCUAAGUCCUCCGGCCGCCGAUACAGUGGUAUGCUCGCCCGCCAGUGUGACCUGUCAUCCCAGAUGCAUGUGAGCCACGCUAACCCUGACGCAGACUCCACUGCUGGCCGCUUUGUUUCACGCAUUCGUCGUUUUUUGAGCCGAGAUGAGCUACGGCGACGCCAGCGACAUGCCUGA